AUUUUUAAUUAUAAAUGUUGUUUAGUACAGGUGGCUUACAAAAUCCAAAGUGCCGGUACUUAUUAGCUUUUCCCUUCCAUUUCAAGUCAAAAGUCCAAAACUCUGCAGAUUAUCUCAAAUUCCGAAAUUACCCUCAAACCCGAUCAUGGAAGAAUCAUCAAACCAACGAUCUCAACAAUUCCUCAACUGCUCAACCCGACCCGACCCGAUCAACAAACCACCGGAAUCACCAGCCACCAAAUUCUCGUUCCCGAAUCUCCUUCUCUGGUUUGAUCAAUCAAAUUGCGUUAAAACUCUCACUUCAUGGUCCAUCUUCUUCCUCCUCGCCGUCAUCGUCCCAAUGAUCUCUCACUUCGUAUUAAUCUGCGCCGAUUGCGAUUUCAAACACCGCCGUCCUUACGACGGAUUAGUGCAGCUUUCGUUAUCGAUCUUCGCCGGAAUCUCGUUCGUUAGUCUCUCAGAUUGGUCCAAGAAAUAUGGAAUCCGAAGAUUUCUCUUCUUCGAUAAGCUUAAAGAUGUUACCGAUAAAGUUAGGAUCGGAUACGAAGCUGAAAUCCAGAGAUCAAUGAAGCUACUAGCUAUCUUCGUCCUCCCAUCGAUAACGCUUCAAGCUAUCUAUCGCAUUUGGUGGUAUGCUUCAGGCUUUAACCAAAUCCCUUACAUCAUCAACCCAAUGCUGAGCCAUGUCUUAGCCUGCACACUCCAGCUCUCUUCUUGGCUCUACCGUACAUCACUCUUCAUCAUCGCUUGUAUCCUCUACAAAAACAUCUGCCACCUCCAGGUCCUCCGUCUUGAUGAAUUCGCCCGUUGUUUCGCCUCUGAGAUCAAAGAUUUUAACUCCAUACUCGCCGAGCAUCUCAAAAUCCGGCGUGAACUGAAGAUUGUUAGUCACCGUUUCAGGCGAUUCAUUCUUUUGUCAUUGUUUUUCGUCACUGCCACUCAGUUCAUGGCAUUGCUUACCACCAUCAGAGCUAGUGUUCCUUUUAAUAUUUACGAAGUUGGCGAACUCGCGUUAUGCUCCAUAAGCUUGGUAUCAGGGCUAUUCAUAUGCUUGAAAAGUGCAACGCAGAUGACUCAUAAAGCUCAAUCUGUUACGAGCAUCGCCACAAAGUGGAACGUUUGCGCAUCUUUAGAUACAUUUGAUGUUCUUGAUGAUGGAGAGACUCCUAAAUGUCCAACGACCAUACAACACUCCCAGAUUUUAUCGCGUCGUCGUAAUGUUAUUCAAUCAUCUGACGACGAUGAAGAAGGAGAAGGAGAUCACAAUGAUCUUGAUAUACAUCCAAUCUUUGCCCGCGCUAUUUCUUCCCAGAAACGUCAAGCUCUAGUGACCUAUCUAGAGAACAACAGAGCAGGGAUCACUGUUUAUGGAUUCUUGGUGGAUAAAACAUGGUUGCGUAUGAUCUUUAGCAUCGAGCUUGCUCUUCUUCUAUGGCUACUCAAAAAGACAAUCGAUGGAGAUGGUCGUGUUUCCGGUAACGAUGCUACGAAGUUCUUCGCGAUGUCAAAGCUUCUCGCCAGGAACUCAAACAGGUUUGGGCAGUUGCGGAUCGAAGCGGCAAGGAUUUCUCGGUUAUCGGAGUUCAUCACUGCGAUGAAGCUCGUCUCAUUGGCACAAGAGGACAUGAAUUACUUCAGACCUUCUCAAAGGCUCAGUAGCAUCGUUUUAGGUACCAAGCUACAAGUCACGGCUAAAGCUCCUUGGUUCAAAUCAAAAUCUAUUAUCAAGCCACAAGUGAAUGUUGUGACAAUUGUUGAUUGGCUUGAAAAGAUUGUACAUGAAAAGCUAAAGCCUUUGGAAGUCACAUAUCGUUUCAACGAUUUUGCAUCUCCAGUACUGACUAAAGCGAUUUUGAUGCCAAGCCAAUGGAAUCUUCAAUUCUGUAUGUUCACCCUCGCCAUCUUGUUAUCAGGAGCUCACAUUGGUCCAGAGCCAACAACAGAUAGAUUUGUGGUUGCAAUGAGUGGACCAGAUGAACGGACCAUACCUGGAAAUACCAUGGCUGUUCAAGCUGACAUGCCAUUUAACGGGCUAACCAGUUUUGGAGGUUGCUUUCCUCUCAAGUUCGAGUGUUCUCAAAUGCCGCAUCCGGUUUUGGACCAAAUUACUCUUGUAGACACACCUGGUGUUCUUUCAGGAGAGAAGCAAAGGAUGCAAAGGAGCUAUGACUUCACUGGUGUCAUUCAUGACAAGAUCCGUGUUGUCUUAAACAAAGCUGACCAAGUUGAUACUCAACAACUAAUGAGAGUGUAUGGAGCAUUGAUGUGGUCGCUUGGUAAAGUCCUGACACACCAGAGGUCGUCCUUCAACGACAAACCCAUAAACGAAGAUGCAGUUGGACCGAUUGGAAAAGAACUUUUUGAGAAAGAGCAAACUGAUCUUCUAGCAGACUUAAUGGACAUACCCAAGAAAGCAUGUGACAGAAAGAUUAACGAGUUUGUGAAGCGAGCUCGAGCUGCAAAGAUCAAUGCAUACAUAAUGAGUCACCUUAAGAAGGAAAUGCCAGCAAUGAUGGGCAAAUCGAAAGCUCAGCAACGUCUCAUGGACAAUCUCGAAGAAGAAUUUGGAAAGGUGCAGCGAGAGUUUCAUCUUCCGGCUGGAGACUUCCCAAGUGUGGAGCAUUUCAGAGAAGUAUUGGGAGGCUAUAACAUUGACAAAUUCGAGAAAUUGAAGCCGAAGAUGAUUCAAGCAGUGGAUGAUAUGCUGGGAUACGAUAUUCCAGAUCUCUUGAAGAAAUUCAGAAAUCCUUAUGAUUAAAUAAUAAUGUCAGCUACUUCAACAAACUUACUUGAAGUUUCAGAGUAUGUUAAAUAUUUGGACUUAUGUUUUUUGUUCUUCUGAAUGUGUUAAAUGUUCAAAUCAGCAAGUGUUAACCAAUUCAUUUUGAAAUUAAAAAAUUUGAAAACGU